AUGGCUGAACAAAGAACACUAAGGCAGCUUGCUGCUCCUGAUGUCAAUUACAAUGGUCUAUGCAUCCAAUAUACUGACGUUGAUAUUCCUUUUGAAUUGAAAUCUGGUUUGAUACACUUGUUGCCCAAGUUUCAUGGUCUUGCAGGUAUAACAGAAGAUCACAUCAAGCUCAGAGCUUUUCCAUUCUCGCUCCAGGGUGCUGCCAAAGAUUGGUUGUACUAUCUUGAGCCGAAUUCUAUCACAACUUGGAAUGAUUUGAAGAAGGUCUUUCUAGAGAGAUACUUUCCCGCUUCUAGAGCUGCAUCAAUCAGAAAAGAAAUAUGCGGCAUUAGGCAGGGAAACGAAUCAUUGGCAGAGUACUGGGAAAGAUUCAAGCAUCUAGUUUCCAGUUGUCCCCAACACCAGAUCACCGAGCAAUUACUCAUCCAAUAUUUCUAUGAGGGGUUGCUACCAAUGGAUCGAAACAUUUUGGAUGCUGCAAGUGGUGGAGCACUUGUUGAUAAAACUCCAGCUACCGCAAAGGCCUUGAUCGAGAACAUGUCACUCAACUCGCAACAGUUUACAACUAGAAAUAAUUCUGCAAGUGUGAAUGAGAUUCAGUCUUCCUCUUCUUCCAUCAAGGCGCUCGAAACCAAGUUUGAUGCUAGAAUUGAUGAACUUACUUCCUUGGUGAAAAAGUUGGCAGUUAGCAAAGCUCAACCAGCAAAAGUGUGUGGUAUUUGUACUUCUUCUGAGCACCCGACUGAUACAUUCCCCAUUCUACAAGAUGAAACAAUAACUGAGCUUCCUCAAGCAUAUGCAGCAGCAGCAGCCCUUUACAAUCAAAACAGGUACAACAAUUCUGACCUCUCCACCAACAAAUAUCACCCUAGUUGGAGGAAUCAUCAAAACCUCCGAUAUGGGAAUCAGUCACAGGCUGCAGCCCCUGCUGCCCCACCAGCCACUUCUUCACUAGAAGACCUUGUCACGCAACUGGUUGCAAAUAGCACACAACAUCAACAACGAACAGAUGCUAGCAUUCAGAACCUGACAACGCAGAUGGGACAAAUGGCCAAUGCAAUAGGCCAACUGCAAUCUCAAGGCUCCGGUAACCUUCCUGCACAAUCGGUUCCAAACCCAAAUGGGAAUCCAAACGUGAGUGCAAUUACUUUGAGGUCCGGAAGAGUGUCAGAACCAGCUCCAGAAAAGAAGAAGAAGAAGAAGAAAGCCAUUGCAACAUCAUCUACUCCUGAACCUGAUCAUGCUUCUGAACCUUCUGUUACAGCUGAGACUGAAAAAGUAUACGUGCCACCAAUCCCUUUCCCUCAAAGGGUGCAGAAAAAUAAAAAGAACAAAGUUGAGGAAGACAAAGAGAUUCUUGAUAUAUUCAGCAAAGUAGCAGUCAACAUUCCUCUACUUGAUGCAAUUAAGCAGAUUCCGAAAUAUGCAAAAUUCUUGAAAGAUUUGUGCACAAACAAGAGGAAAGUGAAGGGAAAUGAGAGAGUUAGUUUAGGGCGAAAUGUUUCAGCCCUUAUUCAGUCUAAUGCUGAGCUCGAACCUGCGCCUGAAAGAGCUAAUGUUUCAUCCCUCAAUCAGGCCAUGCCACAGAAAUGCAAGGAUCCAGGAACUUUUUCUAUUCCAUGUACCAUUGGGGAUAGAAAAUUCGAAAAUUGCAUGUUAGAUUUAGGAGCUUCUAUUAAUGUUAUGCCUACUUCUAUUUUUAACAAUCUUGAUCUUGGUCCUUUGCAGCAUACAGGUCUUACUAUUCAGCUGGCAAACAGGAGCAAUGCUCGCCCUGUUGGAGUAGUGGAAGAUGUACUUGUUCAAGUUAAUGACUUGAUUUUCCCUGCAGAUUUUUACAUUCUUGACAUGGCUGGAGAAACAGAAUCAAGCAGAUCACCAAUCAUCUUGGGCAGACCAUUCAUGAAAACAGCGAAGACAAAAAUUGAUGUUGAUGAUGGAACCAUGUCCAUGGAAUUUGGUGACAUUGUUGCGAAAUUUAAUAUUUUCGAUGCUAUGAAAUAUCCUUUGGAAGAGCACUCUGUUUUUCAAUUAGAAUUGCUUUCUGAAAUUGUUGUUGAAUUUCAUUCUGAUUUGUGUUCAGCUGAUGUUUACUCAUGUGAUGAUUGUAUUGAUACUAACCUUUGUGUUGUAUGUGCUGAGAUUGAUUUGCAGGGUGAUAUUUUUCCCGCAGGAGAAGUUGUCAAUGAAGUUGUUUACGCAGUUGAAGCUCUUGACAUCCCGGCUGUUCCAACAAAACCAUCCAUAGAACAACCACCGUCCUUAGAGCUGAAGUCACUCCCUAAAAAUCUUAAAUAUGCUUAUCUAGAGAGGGAUGAAAAACUUCCGGUUAUAAUUUCUUCUAACCUUGAUUUUGUUCAAGAAAAUAAGCUUUUGCAGGUUUUGAAGAAACAUAAAAAGGAAAUUGAGUGGAAAUUGGCUGACAUACCAAAAAUCAAAAGUGCAGGUACUAACAAAGUGUUCAAAGUAAACGAAUGGCGGCUGAAGCUGUUCCAUGAAAGCCUGAUGCCUGAAGAAGAAACUGUUGAAGAGCUUCCCUUGGAGGAACCUUCCUACACUCUAGCCGCUACACCUUAG